GGGGCGCACCACCAAGCUCGUGCGAGUGAGCUUGACUUGGCUGGUUGGUAGAAGAAUUCAGGUUAUUGAUGAAUUGAACACUCAUGAUCAAGAUAAGCUAGUAUUGCGACUCGGAUCAUCGAUCAGCGCUCAGUAGAUCAUGAAACUCGGAGUCUGCCGGCGGGUGCAGUGAGACGGAAGCGGUUCUGUACCAGAUUCAUAACAUCAAAACACCAGUCGUGCAUGAAGCGCACAUCAGGGGCCCUUGUAGCUUACUCUAGCUCUGAAGACGAAGCUCCAACCAAUGCUCCAGAGAGAAAGAAGAAGUUACUACCGUCUCUUGCAUCAUCCUUGAUCGUACCAGUACCCGUCGAUGAUCCUUCUCUUCACCAAGGACGAAUUCGUGCAACUCCGCACGUAGAGGGCCAAUAUGCCGCAUAUGUUUACAUUCCCCUCGUGGUGCAGCCCAAAACUGCAUUGUACUCGUUGGUCGAAGAGGUGCUUGAUGUCACCAAGGAAAUGGUCCCAGCCGCUCAUGCCAUAGGGGAAAUUGUCUCGUGUAGUAGGAAUAGUGGUGGCGUGGUAGUAGGUAGCUCUCGCAGGGCGCGGGAGCUGCACUUGUCGUUAACUCGACCGAUAUUCCUUCGUGCCCACCAACGAGAAGAGUUCAAACAAGCCAUAAAACUUAUCGCUUCGCGCCAAACUCCAUUCCAGGCUUCAUUCGCAACGUUUUCGGAGCUUACAAACGAUGAGCGAACGAGGGCGUUCCUUUCCCUCGAGAUAGGAGCCGGUCAUCAUGAACUGAGGAAUUUGCUAUCUGCACUAUCCCCAACCCUUCAGUCCCUACGCCAACGAGAUUUUUACAGCCAACCAAAGUUCCACGUUUCGAUAGCAUGGGCUCUUCUGGAUCCUGACACGUCAGUGAACGGAGAUGUCGACGUUAAAGGACAACCUCUCGCCUAUGAAAGUGCCAUACCAGCAGAAGGCACAUCGGGCAACAAUUUGUCCAGUAGCGGGGACAUCGGGCAAUCCAAUAAAGAAUUCCAGACCGAGUGUUUUCCGCGUAUUCCCCACUUUCCAUCUGUGUUGAUCCCUACGCUAAACCAGCAAUUUGGUGCUAAAGUCUCAUCCGCUCACACCGGAGGGUUCGGCGCGGAUACUAUCGCAGUGAAGAUCGGAAAGGACAUCUUUUCGUGGCCAUUCCGAGGCUCUGAUGUCAAUCAAGUCGAUCCUUAAUGUACGUUCAACUAUGAUCCACAGAAAGACCGAGGGUGCCUUCCGGUUGGUCAUAGAAUGUUAAAUCAUAUUGAGCCACUCGCGAGGCUUGAUAACAAUAGCUACGUUCCUUCCACUUCCUGUUGCUUGGUCAAACAGGUUUAUCAGGUCAACGUCCAUUACGUUUGACUCCGGUGAUUCACUGCUUUCACUCAACUCUUCUCGAAUCCAUUCAUGCCUAUCGAGAAGGAUGAGAGAUUCUAUUAGAGGCCCCAUGAUGCACCUUAACACGUGCAAUACCGACAAGGCACUUUCCAGCUGCCUUCGGACGCGCUCAUUGUGAAUAUAAACAGGAAGCUGUGUUGCAGAUUGGUCGAGUCGGACGCCGAUCUUCGACGUCGCACCAUCCAGGAAUGUUUCCCAAUCCUUGUACGCAGCAUUAGGGAGCUUGCCCAACCGCCUAUUUUCUGGUG